GAUCCUUCGCGGGGCGGGAGGAAGGCGGGGGGCGUACAAAGCGGCGUUGGAAGCUAGCGGCAGCGAGGCCGCGCUUGGGGUCUAGCGGCUCGGCGUCCCCGCGGCCUGAGGCGUCAUCUGCGUGGGCGCUCACGCAGGGCGGGUCGCUCGGCGCAAGGCGAGAGGGAAGUCGUGGCGGCGGCGUCGGGAACAGCAGUGGCGGCGGGAGCGUGGUGCUGACAGGCCGUGGGAGAAAUGGGAGACCCGGGGCCGGAGAUAAUAGAAUCUGCCCCACCAGCUGGGCCUGAGGCAUCUGAGUCAACAACGGAUGAAAAUGAAGAUGACAUUCAGUUUGUUAGUGAAGGACCAUUAAGACCUGUUCUUGAAUAUAUUGAUCUGGUCAGCAGUGAUGAUGAAGAGCCUAGCACCUCUCAUAGUGAUAGAAUGCCUGAAUCUAAGGUGCCACCCUCUGAGAAUCAUCGCCCAGAAAUGUGCUCUAGCUGCAGUGUUCCUCUUCCCAUUGGAGACAGCAGCUCCUCCUCUGGGAGUUGUGCCAACAGUCCACAAAGAAUAGUUUCUCAACCUUCUUCUGUUGAGAAUCAGUUGGAGAACCAGAAAAAUGAUCAAAAUAAUUCAGAUAUUAAUAUCUCUGAAACAGAGACAAUUAAAUCACAAAACAGUCAGACUCUACCUUCAUCAUCACUACUGGUCCCCCAAGAGUCUUUGGCUUUUUCUGAGGUCAAAGAAGAUUUACCUAUCACGAUGUCUUCAACUUCACAGAAUGGACAGGAUGCCAUCCUGUAUCUCCAGACACAAGUGGCUGAGAUGUCCAGAGUCAUACGUGAUCUGCAGUCCAGGAGUUGUUUUAGAUUUCAUCAUUCUAGGUCAAGUGAGAACUCGUCAGUUCCUUGGGAUAUGUCCACCUCUAAGGAGGACGGCUUAUCUACCGUUGAAGAAGAGGCUGAUUGCAAAUCUCCAUCAGCUGAUGACAAAGGACAGCCAACUGACCCCAUGCAAUCUAGUUUCACGGGUCUUUUGAAGAGAAUGGAACAAAGAGGUGUUAUAAAGAGGGUGACAUUACAGUCUGAAACCGAAACAUGUGAGGGGAAGCCUGAUUGGAUGACCUCUAAAAAACGUUUGGUUCCUCCAUUGCAUCCACUUUUGAGAAUUGCCACCACUGAAGUUUUUAAAGACCCUGCUGAUUGCCAUCCUUCUUCCUUCAUGGGACACAGGGUAUAUCCUGUGGCCAAGGACACAUCUCCUUUCCAGCCAAAUCCACCAGCUGAGGGACCCAUUAUAGAUGUACUAGAACAUAGCAAAAGAGGAAACACGACAUCUCCUUUAGACUCUACCUCAAAAGAAAUGGAGGUCAUGGGUUGUAGGUUCUACCACGCUGCUUCCAUUGCAGCCCGAGCUGCCAGCUAUAUGGCCUAUAUGACUCAGUAUCAGCGUAAACUCUGGGAAGACAUGGAAGAUCUGGUUCAUGAUCCGGAGUUUGAUCGUGGAAAAGCAAGGUGUAUAAUAUCUGAUGGCAUGGAUGCAGGACUUUGGCAGCUUUGUACCACCAGGGACAUAAUGGACUCUGUAGUCAGAGUUAUGGCCAUGGCAGUAGACUAUAGAAGACAGGCCUGGCUUCGACUCACAUCUCUCACCAAGAAAACCCAGGAGAAGAUCUUACACUUGCCCUUUGAUGGUACAUCUCUUUUUGGACAAGAUGUGAAUGCUAUUGUUGCAGAAGACAAUAGUAUUAAAGAAAAUGAAUAUAAAGAUCACAAUAAAUACUAUACUCAGCAUCGAUACUUUUAUAGUCACGAGCAGAAAGCACAUUAUCACAACAGAGGGUACUCCAAAGGGGAUUGGUACAAACCCCGGAAUCACCCUUAUAGAUAUAGAAAAAAGGGAGACUCUCCAGAGCGACAUGGGUAUAAAAAUUAAUACUCUGGAUGUUUAGCAGAUUAGCCUUCCAAGAUCCUACUUUACUUGUUUUUCCCCAGGUUGGGGUCAUCUCAAAAAAUGAGUGCAUGUUUGGAAUAAUCACAGCUGAUGUUUGAGUUCUAGACUUUUGGAAUGAAGUUUAUAAUAAAAAGACUUUAGCUUUAUUGGCCAAAUGGAGACUUUGCUCAAAGGAGUAUUGGACAGGGGUUUGUCCAUUAUUUUUGUUCCAAAAUAAGUCCAGAAAAGGGUACUCAGGAAUCUGAAUCUUCUGGAAUUAAAAGAAAAUAUGUAGAUUCAUGCCUCAGGAAAAUCUUGUUGGUAAACUGAGGACUAGCAGAUUUUGGAUCUGGAAACAAUUUGCUACUAGAUCAGUGUUUACUAAGACUGAAGUGUAAAACCUUCAUUUUUAGAUCACCAGUGCUUCUGGAACUUCAGGCUUCAGCUUGAUGGGUCAUCAAAAAGUGGUAGAUGUGUUACAGUCCCUCUGUUAAGAUUAUCAGCUCACCAUAGUUCAUACAGUUAUCAAACUCUGUGAGACUUCAGAAUUAGCCAUGAAGCUAUGUCUGCUGGAAUUCCUUAAAAUUUUUGCCAAAUCCAAUUUACUUCUAACUGGGAUGAUUAGAUGUCACAGGUCUACUUUUGAACUCAAAGUGGAAAAAGUAUUUUCCUACCUGUAACAUGACUGUAGAAAAGUUAAACUCUCUUCAUCCUGACUGAAGACUCCCACACCAUCACUGCUCAUAACGCUGCAUGUGGGAUAGCUUUCAUUGCCAUCAAUCCUUGUAGUCUUUGACUUUCCACGCUCUCGUAUCCACCACCUGUGAGACUCAGGUGUGAAAGUGGGCCUUCCAGUGAGACGGCCUUCUUAAACCUGUUUUCUAAGCAGUUGAUUCUUUUGAACUUGAUAGUGCAUUACAUUCUCAGUACAAUAGACAAAUGCAUCGUCAUGGCCCUGGAAAUACAGAAUAUUACUCCCAUCAUCCAGGCAUGCAAAUCUGAACUCUUUAAGAGCAAGAAUUCCAAACAUGCCUGACAAUCUGGUCUCUUGAAGUAAAGAGGGAUGCCAUUAGUCUAGACUUCCUUGAGAAAUCCCUGAUAUGUAAAGUCUGAUUGGGUGUUUUCAGGAUACACAGCCUGUUUCUGAAUAUAGGUGAUAAUACUUCUUACUGAAUUCUCGAAAGGUUGGAAUCAAGACUUGAGUGACAUGUUCUUAGUUGACUUAAUUUGUCGUGUAAUCCAACUGGACUAACUCUAAGAGAUGAUUUACAUUUUGCUCCCAAUAAUAACGCUCCUCCUUUCUGGAGCUGGCAGCAGAUACCUCAGUUAUGUUAGUGUCCCACAGUAUCAUCUCUCUAAUCUCAAGGCAAUGGCUGUAGAAUAUACCAGCCCCUAUGUCCUUGUCUUCACAGCAUGACUUUUAAAGUAGAAAGUGUCAAGUUUGAGGAGGUCUGAACACGUCACCUAAUGUAACUUGGCAGCCAAAAAAUCAUUUUUUCACAAAUGUAAUUAUGUAAUGUCUUGGAUGUUCAAACACCUGCUUUUUCUUAAUUUUUAAUCUGCGUGAUCAAAAUGUUUUAAGUAUACUAUUAGUGGAAUAUAGCACUGUCUUACGGGUUUAUGUGGUUUCUGUUUCUUACCAUGAUCCUUACAUCAUAGUGGUUGACAUUUUCUGUGAUGCUAACCUCUUUGUAAGUCAGUAGACAAUGCCUUCCUCCUUUCAUACCCAUAGCCAGCACUCUGCUUAAUCUACAUUUCUUCGUCUCACUUCAUAGACUUAGCUACCUGACCUGGAACUUGAUAUGUAGACCAGGCUGGCCUUGGACCCAUAGUGAUCAGCUUAGCUCUGCCUCCAAAGUAUUGGAAAUAAAGGCCCGGCUGGCACUUCUCAUUUGUGCGUAUAGAUUGAAGGCAUGGAUUUCACAGCUUGGAAGAAGUUACUUUGUCAGAUCAUUGUAGGGUACUGUAUUGGACCUAUUUGUUUUCUUUAUGGAUUGAACCUGAACUAGUUAUCAAGCAUUUAGCAAAUUUAACCAAAUUGUACCACUUUUCUGUGUUGUCAACAGCAUUUUACUUUGACUUUCUUAGGUUCGUGCCAGGGCUCUCUAAACUGUCUCAGAUGAGCUCCAGAAAAAAACAGACUUUUGUAGCUCACAGCGAAUUCUUUACAAAGGCGUAGACUCGAGCCCAUACCGGUAGUAGUGCAGUUUCUUCUGAGAAAGGAGUAACCACUCAGACAGCACUGGAGAAAGGGUGCACGCAGCUUUGUGCGAUGUUUCUGACUAGUUCGGUUACUACAGAUGUUCUUCCUUUUCCAUCUUUCCCUGAAUUAUGCUACAUAGCACAUAUGAUUUAUGAGAUACCCCUGUUGUUCAAAAACGAAACAAAAAUAAAUAAUGCUUGAAGACGUGUUCUUCGAAACUGUUUUGGCAUUCCCACCUAAUUUAUUUGUACCGAUUAUUGCUUUAAAUCAUAGUAGACAACAACAUAAAAAGCACAUGAACUUUAGCACUUUAGUAGUUUUCAUAUUAUUACACACUGUUAAAUAUGUUCAGGACAGCCCUACUGUCAUCUUAGAUGUUUAUUCUAUUCCUUAAUGAAGUACAUUGCUUGACCACUAAUUGUUAAGUCCAAGCAACUCCAAAGGACUCAAUUUUCCUGAAAGUAAAGGGUCAGGAAAUCACCAAAUUAGUGAUUAAACAGACAAACUAAAAAAGUAUUUGGCCCUUGAGUCGUUUGUGGACAGAGUAUGGUAGAGUGGGAGCUCUCUUAGCUAUAGCUACUUGACUCAGAACUAUACCAACAUCUUUUACCUGUUUAUCUUUUUUUUUUAAACUCUGGCAAACUUGAAUGAUUAUGAUGGUGUUAUAAAAGUUGAUACUUGGUGUAGUGAGACAACCCCAGUAGACAGUACAGUAGAAUAUAGCAUUUAGAUUUAACCAGCUAAAUAUUUAGAUUGUGUUUGCAGAGCCUGCAGCAGAAUUUCCUAUUAGGUUGAGUGAGAAUAUCACUAGCUUUUUUAGACACUUUGGGGUACUUAAAAGUUUAAUGAUUUGAUUUUCUCAAAAGAGAUGUGUUUAGUGAUCCUUUCCUUCAAAAUGUCAUUUCUUGACUAGACGUAAGAUGUAUUUGAAGACAAUAUGAUUUUUUGUAGUUACUGUGUAUAGAGAAAUACUAUUUCCAUUUAUUGUUAUAUAAAGUGCCUUUUUAAAUUUUAUUCUUAUGUUUAAGACCUAACCUUCGAUGUGGUGUUUAUGUGACUUCACAGUGAUUUACCUAGUUUAUUAUCUUUAUUAUCUGUACAAUUGCACUAUUUUCAUGUACUUCUGAAUGCUAAUUUGUUUUUUAUAACACUGUUACUAAUUUCAGAAGGUUAUAGAAUAAAUCUCCCUCUUUAAUUAAUGUCACAGAAGUUCUUUUUAGGUUUUAAUGAUUGGUUUCUAGACAUAAAAGUAGCUCUUUUUUUUUCCUUGGCAUAUUUUAGAUUUUCUGAUUUAGUCAUUUAUCUCACAUCUAACCUUGCUCAUCAUAGCCAUAGUAAAACAACUUAUAUUUGCUUAGUGGAUGUGUUUACUGGGAUAGAAACAGCAAGGUCAUUUUAAACAGUAAAGUUGAUGGCACUAUAUAUUUAUAUAUAGUAGUCUGUGGCAGCUUCCUUGUCAGUAUAAUUGGUUUUUUUUUUCCUUUUUAAACUGGCAGCUUCUUUGUUAGUAUAACUGCAUUUAUUAGCCUUCAAAAUCCUAUUUUUGAGGGCAGCAUAUAUUCUUUCAGGCUACUUUACUGCAUUAUACCUAAGUGACCUGAUUGAUAAUGUCCUUAAGGGCCUGAUACAUCCAGGAUAUAUACCUCUCAGGUAUUGUAAGCAAGGAGGUUGAAAAGACAAAGUCCAGAAUUCCCUCUCACUGUAGAAUUGGAUACUGAUAAGGGUAACAGAAAGGUUAGCCACACUCAUCAUUCUUGAAGUUCUAGUUUGUUGGGAUUCUGCUGAAGGCUUGGGAUUAUGGGUUAGAUCCUUUUAGGAGUAGGAGACUGCAAUAACAAUUUUUUUCUUCAAUGUGAGGCAUAUUUUGCCCCAGUUUUGCACUGUCCAGUUCCCCUGUUUUUGAAAUUUACCCAUAUGUACUUAAUGUUGAUGGCUAGACCAAUAACUAAUUGUUAACUGUGGAUACAUCUUAUGCAUGUCAUUCGGUUGUCAGGUUGAUUCUGUGUGGUUUUUAGUGGACAUACAAACUAGACAUUUCUUUUCACUUAAAACUUAAAGAAGUUAUCAGUAAGUGAGUGUUGAUUACUGCAUUGAAUGCACAUUUCCUUCAUAAUUAGCAAGUUUCAUAAACCAUUAAAAUCUAUAGAGUUUCCUUUCCUGGAUGAUUGAUGAGAAUGGUGUUUUAUUAAAUUCUUUUUCUCUUAUUAGUGUAGUCCCAUUUUUGUACUCCUGUGUCAUUUAUUUGACUUUAUUAUAAUGCACUUUUGUAUUACUUAAGAUCUUACUACUGGAGUUUGUGUUCACUUCCUGUAGGAUGUAGAGGUGGUCACAGUUCAGUUGUGUCUUGAGAGGGGCUUUAGGUAGCUUCUCAGGCUGCCCCAUACAUGAUUUUCCUGCUUUCACCUCCUAGGGGCAGGGACUUCAGGGGAAUGGCACCAUGCUGGGCUUUUAGUCAUGCGGUCUUUCUAAGGGUUUUGAUACUGAUCUGUCUUUACCCAGAAUCUCUUCCCAAGGAAGUCUGAUUUUUUCCUGUAAUCUCUUCGAUGUUGAGAUUUUUUUAUGCUUAGCAGAAAUGUGUGUGCAUGAUAUAUGUGUGUGUAUGGUGAGUGUGUGUAUGUGUGUGUGUAUAGCACAUGGAAGCCAGAGGUUGAUGUCAGGUGUCUUCCUUAUUUACUUUUCAUUUUGUUUGUUUGUUUGAAAUAGGGUCUUUUAUUGAACUAUUGAGUUCACAGGGUUAGCCAACCCAAGACUAGCUAGGCAGUGAGGUCCAGGAAUUCUCCAUCCCAGCCCCACCUCAUACUAUAUAUAUUACACAUGCAUGCUACUGUGCUCAGCAUUUUACAUGGGUACUUGAGUCCUUGUACUUAUGUGGCAAGCACUUUAUCUAUUGAACCCUUUCCCCACCCCACCAAAGGAAAACUUUGCUCAAGUUUUCCUUCCGUCUCUUCCCCAUCGCUUCCCUUCCCUCUCUUCUCUUCUUCCUCCCCAACCACCUCCCAAUCCUAAUUCAUGUUCCUAAGUGCUGGAAUUAGAAAGUGUGAGCCAUUUUGUUCUACUAGCCAAGAUUUUGAUGUUAAUUUGUAUAUUUAAAUGUCAUUUAAUUUGUAUGUUUAAUAGUCAAAAGCAUUUGUGAUAAGAAUGUAUUUAGUUUUUCUUAAAAUCUUUAAAAAAAAAUACAGGGGCUGAGAAUAUAGCUCAGUGAGAGAACAGUUCUUGCCUAAUGGGCAGAAUGCCCUGGGAUCAAAUCCCAGUACUGCAUCAACCAGUAAUGAUAUGUCUAUACCCAACACUUAUGAUGUGGGGGCAGGAGGAUCAGAAAUUCAACAUCUUUACUACCUACUCUUUAGAGUUCAUGGCCCUCAUGAGACCCUGUCUCAAAAAGAAAGAAAAGUAUUUCAGCGCCAGUCCAGUCUCAGUUCUUCUUGACUCUUGAACUGUGUUGUUUUUUUUUUCUGUAAUGUCUCAUUUAAUGGCAUUUUCGUAGUUCAGAUUUAUAUAUUGGUGGUGGUGUUGCUUUUGGUUUUGUCUUAGAUACAGUGUGUCUAUAGUUCAUGUUGGCUCUGACUUCAAGACAGUUUCACCUCACUUUCUCAAGUACUGUGAUUCCAGGAGUGAGCCAUUGUAUGUUCUUCACGGAUUCAUUUUGUAUAUAUUGUUAAUGGUUAAAUUUAUUAUCAUAAAAUUCAUUUAUAGUAUAGCUCUGAUAUGUUUAAAGUUAACCAAUCUUUGGGUUUUAAGGGCUUUACUAGUUUUUUUCUUUGAGGAAGCUGUUGCAGAUGGUUUAUUGAAUUUUUCGAGGUUAGAGUUCUCAGGUUUCUCUUAGAACUUUGAAGACCUUAGAUUUUGCUUUUGAGUAUUAUAGUGUGUUUAGUAUUCUUGCCUCUUCUCUUUGGUAUAAGUGAAAGUAAAUGUAUAUUUGGUGAUAUUUUUUAAAAAUUCAACUUUGUAAAUGCCUCAAGUAUUGCUCUGUUAGAGGUUCUGUUCUUCCUUGUACAAGGCUAGCUUUUCAUGUGCUCCUUUUCCCCAUGAACUUUAUGCCAUGCUUUUUGUUUUCUCUUCUGUAAGAGUGACUAUCACAGCAUUCCAUUUGAAGGGACACAGAACUCCCGUUUUUGUCUGUGGUGGCUGAGUCACACUCCUUGGACUUAUAAUGCGGUGUAUAUGUUAAGUAACUUACUGUGCUAUGGACCCUUUGUAUCUUUUUCAGUUAGUAAGGCAACACUGACCUGAAUAAUGAUGGGAUGAAAUUACCUCCAAUCUUUAAGACACAGGGUGUGUUGUUGUUGCUUGGUGUGUGUGUAAGGGAGGUGCUUUCAUAGAGGGUCUUGUUGUAUAGCCCAGGCUGACUCAGGACUUGUUGCAAUCCUCCUGCCUCAAGUGCUAGGAUUCCAAGUCUUGUUUGAAAAACAUUUCAUUGCCAGCUAGGUGUGAUGUCCCAUACCUUUGAUUCCCAACAUUAUGGAGGCAGAGGCAGGCAGAAGAUCCCUAUCAGUUCUAGGCCAGCCUGAUCCGUAUGGCCAUUUGUAGGCCAACCAAGGCUACGUAGUGAAACCCUGUUUCAAGAAAAAAAUAAAAAAUCAACAAUAACAUCCUAUUUCUUUGUGGCAAUUUUCCUGUUUGGAAUGCAGCCCAUUUUAUAAUAUCUUAAGUAAAAUAUAUUUAAUAUGUAAAUAACCUCAUUUAGAUUUUUAGCACAGAAUUGUGUAUGUAUUUAUAUUUCUUUAAUGACCUGUAAAACUCUGUGUAUUGUGAAUGGUUAGACCACCUGGGUCUUGGUUGCAGUGGAUUUAAUUGUCAGUUUCCUUUCUGGGAAGAAAGGCAAGGACAGAAUGUGUGUGCAGAUGUGUCAGUAAGUGAUUUGUUUGGUGUGCCUCCACUUUGAUGCAGACUCCCUCGGGUCACAUCUUUUAGGGACAAAUUUUUUUCUGUUUAUGGCUGUCCAUGCACUCUUGUUAGUACUUGGUACUAAGUUUUAGUUGUCCCUCCUUUGAGAUGAGGAAUAGCCUUCACUCUUCCGUUGAGGUUCUGCACUACGGCUGUUCUCACAGUGCUCACAGCUUCUGUUCCACAUUACUCAGACUCAGUUCACUCGUAACACUGAUUGUUUUAGUCAUAAUUCUUAUCUCUUACUUUUUUUGUUCCAUUUUUGUGUAGUGAAACAAAGGUGGAAUGGUGUUUGAAUUUUAACACUAAAGGCUUGGGCCUCAGUAUUAGCAAGUCACUUAUUGUCUCAGCCUCCGUUUUUCUACUUUAAGGUACUAACUGGGUGUGGUGGCACACACCAUUACAUGCCAGCGCUGGGAGGCGGAGACAGGCCAUUCUACAUAGUGAGUUCCAGAACAGCCAGGGCUACACUAAAGCCUAAUGCAGAUUUAAUUUUAUAACUAAUUUUGUUAUUUUGCAUUCUUAGAUUACCUAUGAAUGGGAUGAAUUGCAUGCUUUUUACUUUUUUGAAAAUUUCAUACAUGUGUACCAUGUAUCUUGAUUCUGUUCAUCCCCACUCCCUCCUACUUUCCUGGGCCUCCCUAAACAAAUCUCCCUCCCAACUUAUUGUACUGGCUCUUUUUAAAAAUCCCACUGCUCUAUUUAGUGCUGCCCAUGUGUACAUGGAUGUGGAGUCAUCCACUGGCCAUGGACAGCUGUCAGUCACACUUCAGUAUCCACUGUGUAGGCAAGGACUGAGAAAGGUAUGGGUACACUGAGGUCUGGUUAUGGAGUACGUUCUCACAUGGGACUCCAUCCAGAACAGAAGCCGAGAAAGAGCCAGGCAUUCUGAUGCUCGUAUACUGCAGUAACUGCCUUAUUCACAGGAAUGUGUGAGGUGACGUCAUGAGAAAGGCCAGCUAGAGAGGUCAGAAAAGCCUUCCUACCAGCUGGCUCAGCUGAUUUUGGAGGGUGUUAGUGUAGUUGGUCUGCUUGAGGAGCAGCCUUUCAUUUAGGGAGAACUGAGACAUGCAAAGCCGAGACUGCCAUGAGGUUUGCCUGUGUUCAGAAUGGUAAGAACAGCCUUAGAGAUGUACAGAAAUGAAGGAAAUGAAACUGUGGAGAGGGUAAGUUAUGCAUGAAGAUGUGUCGGUUCCUGUGACUAAGUGUGUUGCUUGUGUGGCCUAAAGGUUAUGGAAGUGUUCAAAAAUUGUUUUGUACUGUGUCUGCUCUGCACGUCUAAAAUAAUUGAAGCUGAAGAAAGACCUCAGCAUUGCAUUCCUUUCCUGGGGCAGCCUAAGCAGUGAGCGAGACGUGAGGCCUGGUGGAGAGCACUGAAGACACGGAGUGGAGUCCUCCUGGCUAAUGCUGCAUAGGGUCCUUAGCCAGUGCCUUCAGAGCAGCAGCUGUGGCCAGUAGCUCUCAGUUCUGACUUACGAACAGUUUCCGGGCAGAUGUGGAGAAAAUGAACAUGUGUAAGAAUGUUGUAGUUGGCACCUGCAGGUGGUUUGUGCUCGUGUGUUUUGUGCUUGUGGUAAUUCCAGUAGCCCCCGACACUUUAUCAACUCUGCUUUUUUUCUUUGUUCUCUUUCCUUUUUAUUUUUCUGAUACAGGAUCUCAUGUAGCUCAGGCUGACUUUGGACUCACUGUAUAGCUGAGGAUGACCUAGAAUUUUUGAUCCUCCUGCCUUCACCUCUUGAGUGCUACGGUAACAGACAUGAGUGACCCGCUUGGUUUAUGUGGUGCUGAGGCUCAAACCCAGGGCCUUAUUGAAUGUUAGGCAAGCACCUUAAAGUUACAUUCCAAGUUCUCUUUCUGUUUUGAGACAGGGUCUACUCUGUAGCCUAGGCUAACCUCAGAUAGGCAGUGGUUCUUCUGCUUCAGCCUCCUGAGUGUGGGAAUCACUGGCAUGAGCCACUGUGUCUUGUCCUGCUCACUUUUCCUUCCCUCCUCUCUUUUUCUCUGCCCCCCCCCCACCUUCUUCCUCCCCUUCUCUCUUUUUCCUCUGUCAGAGGCAUCACAGUGGCACUCAGGGUUAAAAGUAACUCUCACAAUUUCAUAUAGUCUAAGAUAGUUAGAAAUCCUCCUUCAAUUCCAAAGUUGUAUAAACUCCUGCGCGCAUGCACAUACGUGUUUCCUGUGCUGAGGGUCUGUCAUUAGAAAAAUAAAUAUAGAAAGAUACUAACAGUUUACUCAAAAGAUGUGACAGGUAGUAUCUUAGUUAGCAGAUUUGGUGGUACCAGCUUUCUUACUGGUAUAAAGUGUAGAAUGGGGUAUAUCUGCAUGUUUGGAUUUUGACUUUGUUUAUAUAAAGCAGAUAUUCUGUGAACUCUGUAUUUGUGAACAAUAAACUGGAGUGGGAAGGAAAUGGCUUUGUAAAAAGGGAUUUUUGGUUUUAAAAUUAUUGCUGGGGGUGAUGAAUAUAUAUAUUGUACUGCAUUGUGUAUCUCCUGCUUUAUCUGUAUUUGGAUAUAAAAUUCUUGAGAAAACUUGCUGCCUUUCAAACUGUUUUUUGGGAUGAGGCUUGAAUCAUAAAUUGGGCAAAAGGGACUUCUGGUACCUAGAACUUUGGGAUUGCAGAUUACAAACUAACCUUGGAAAAAUGAUGACAAAAGUGUUUAAAUUUGGUAAUGCAUUUGUUUCAGGAAGUCUUCCCGACCAAGUAUGCUAGGCGGGUGGUUAGUAUAUAUUGCUUUUGCAGUUGGCCUCUGUUUUUAGCUUUUUGAACUUGGGGUCCUUUACAUAGCGGUUAAGGGAAAUGAAGCUAAGUGAACCCUUGCCUUGGGUCAUUUUCUGUGCACCAUUUUUACUAUUCAACCUCCUAUAGCCAACACAUUUUUAUUGCAUUUUUAGUAUCUUUGCUAAAAGCCAGAAAGUGCCUUUUGGUGAGUCAGGUAGGAAAAUGGUUGUUGAGAGCUCUUCUUUGAGCCAACUUUUGCAGAAUGCUUUUCUCUUAACUUCUGUUAUCCUGUGAAAUAGGUUGAGUAGUUAUCUCAUGUUACAGAAUUAAAUUAAUUACAGAAUUACUUUAACUGAAACCUGGAUAUAGUUUACUCAUGUUUCAGUUAAAAUAAUUUUAUAGGAAAUACAAAAUUUAUUAUUGCUACUAAAGUUACCUUUUUGAGAUGAGCAGUGAUUCAAGAAUGUCUUUUUUGUAUUAUUUAAGCCACUUAUAUACUACAUCAAGCUGUUAUUCAGUGAUUUCAUUCAUAAAACCCCAUGAUUUUUAACAUUGUGUUUCUAGAACUUGUCAAAGCAGACUCACUUCUUUAACCUUACAGUUUUAUUGAGUUAAUCUUGGUAAAAUAUUUCUGAACAACUGAUUUACCUAGUGACAGUAAUAAAGAAAAGGUUGGGGAUCAACUUUUGGUGAAAGUUGUAUGAGAAGUGAACUGAAAGAAUUUCUGGGCUGAGUGUGGUGGUGUACACCUUAAUUCUCCCCCCCCCCCAAAAAAAAGCCAAUCAUGGUAGUUCACACUUAUAAUCCUAGUAUUUGUAAAGCUGAGGCAGGAGGAUUGUUUGAUGUAAGUUUGAGGCCAACUUGGACCACGCAAAAUGAGACUGUCUCCAAAAAUAGAGGGGGUGAGAUGCCAGAAAAAAAAUUCUAGGUAACAUUUUAGCCCUACACUGGCCUCAGACCUGCUUUUGCCUCCCCACUGCUGAGAUUACAGGCAUGUUGCUGCCACGCCUGACAAGAAGAGUUUUUUAAUAAAACACUCAGUUUGUAAUACCAGCCUUCAAUAGGCCAGGCAGGGUGAUUGCCAUGACUUUGAGGGUUGUCUGGGCUAUGUUGCAAGACAAUGUAUUGAAAAGGAAAAACCAAAAGGCUUACAUUGUUCUCAGCACUCAGUAUUAAGGACAGUUCUUAAUUACUAAGGGAGAGUUGACAACCCUAUGGCACUCAGCUGGCUAAACUGUAUAAAUACCUUCCAGAAUUGAGAAUACAGUGAUCUGAGAAGCAGGCAUUUGUAAAUGAAUUUCAAAAGAAAGUUCAUCUGUUAGUCAUUUAUGUAGGCAUUUAUUGAAGAUUAGUUUGGGAGAAAUUUAACUGCUAAUAAGAAUUUCUUUUGUGAUGUAAUCAGCUCCUUUUAAACACAUUUGUGAAAUGACCUACCUUUAUAGUUGAACAAGCUUUUAUAAGUGGGCAAGUUUUCUGUUGCAGAUAGAAGAAAGUGGAUUUUAACUUAGAUAAGGAAAUACUUAAAAAUUUUAGCUUUUACUUUGGUUAAGUGUUAUUAUUUAAAAUGCAUUUAGUGCAUGGGCUUUGGAUGUUUUCAAAAAGUACACAUGAGCUGGGUGCGGUGUUUCAGGGUUGCUGUCCUUCCACUUGGGAAGCUUGAAGAGGUGUAUCAUUGGGGCCCAAAAGUUGGAGACUUAACAUGGGAACACAGUAGGAACCAGUCUCUAAAAACAAACAUAUACUAGAAAGGUACAUAUAUAAGUAAACAAAAACAAUACUAAAUGGUUUUAAUCAAGUAGUCUUUUGCUUUAAAAUGACAAUGGUUCUUGGUCUCAACAGGAGCCACUAAACCUGUAUAUAAGUCACUUACCUUAGUUCUUAGUAUUUUGAGAUGCCUACUGUAUUGUCAGGCUGGUAUCCAUGCAUAAUCUUAAGCAUGCUUCUCCCCACUUCUCAAGUAGCCAGGACUGCAGGCUUAUGCACCACUAUACCUAGGCUUAAUCAAUAUGCUUCUAUUGGGCUUGGAGAAAUUGUAAUCCACUCAUUUUAUCUCUUGGGUAUUUCUAAGCAACAAAAGAUUCUAAGCUUUACCUCAUUCUGUCAUCAUCUACUCUUGAUCAUCAAUAGGUUUGUUAACAAUUUCAUUGCCAGUCCUGAUUGUGGGAAAAUUAGAAACUAGGUAUGAAAGGAGGAGACCCUCUAGAUAGGCACAACUGCUAUAGACAUUUUGAUUUAUAGUUUUCCUGAUUUGCUGUAUGAUAUUAUUUUCACAUUUAUGUCUAUGUGAUAAAAAAGAAAGAUACUAAAAUGUAAGUUUAGCAUCACUUUAUUGAUUAGCAGGAUUUUGUGUCAGUUCAUAGAUUUAUUUAGUGAUUGUAUUUUAUUGUACAGUUCACAUAGCAGAUCACAAUUUCUAGCAAUGUGGCAGCUUCUGAUACUUUCCAGGGAAUCCUUGUACAUUACAUUUGAUAAAUCUUUUGGUGAAAACUUUGUCAAAAUGAUAAAAUUCUCAUUGGAGGUAAUUAUUAAGGAAUCUCUUGCCAGCAGAGUUAGAAUUUAAGUUUAUAGUCAGAACUGGUUUCUGGUUUAGUGGUUACUGAUCUGCAACAUACAGAAAAAGGAUAGUGUAGUCAGUUUAUCACAAAGCUGAGAUUGUUCAUCUGGAUGUCAUGAAAGAGUCCUCUUUCUUUCCUUCCCAAGUUAUACCAUUUGUAGAUUUGCAGAGCACUUUGAAGGAUAACUUUUUUGUUGUUUUGAUGCUAGGGGGUGAACUCAGAGACCUGUGUUUGCCAGCCAGUCACACUCUACUAUGGUUCUUAAUGUAGCCUGUACUGGCUUCACAUUCACUGUAGCCAUGACUGGCUUUGGAUUCUAGGUCUUCCUGCUUCUGUCUCUGAAGUGCUGGGGUUACAGGUGUUUUUUUUUAAAUUAAAAGUUAUGCUGGCAUCUGUCUCUGCUUGAACCUCAUGGACAUGAAUAAUCAGGUUAACUAAUAUCCUGACUUUAAUUGCCAUUGCUGGGAUACCCACGAUACUUUACAUGUUUAAUCUCAAAUUAAAAAAAUAUUAAUAAGUUAGCCAGAUGUGGUGGCUCACACCUAAAUCACAGCAUUUGGCAAAUGGAGUCAGAAGAAUCAGGAAUUUAGACUCAUCUUUGACUACAUAGCAAGUUUGAGGACAGCCUAGCCUAUAAGAGACCCUCUUAGGAGCCACAAAAUGUAAAGUCUAUGAAUUUUAUACUGGUUAAGUGAUGUGUCUGCUUUUUAACCUCUUGACUUUGUACUAUCUUUGUUAACUCUGUGCAGUUCUGGCUCUGAAAGAAACUGAGAGGUCAAAAAUAGAGAUAAGCCGGGGUGAUGGUUCAUGUUGCAGUCCAGUUUCUAGGAGGCCCGGGCAGGAAGAUGGAAAGUCUGACUUUGACAACAUAGUGAGACUGUCUCAAAAUGGAGAAAGGAAAGAGGGCCUAGAUGUUGGAUAGGUGAUUAAAGCACUUGAAGAACAUGCAAGGUCCUAGGUUUAAUCCCCAGUACUAGGGGAGGUGUAUUGUUGCUUACUACCUACUUAUGUGCAAAUAGAAACUCCUCACCAGAAUAUUCCCUACAGGUUUCCUAUAUUACCCCCACCAUAAAACCUUAUCAUUUGCUGUCCAUAUGGAAUCUUUAGUUGUUCUUUGUAUCAUACAGGAGUUAGUCCAAGGUGACCUUGGUGAGUACUUCAAAAUAUGUGAUCCUGGAGAUGCUAUAGCUGCUAAUAUUCCAAUAAAACUUAAAACCUACCCUUAUGUGAAUUCAGAGUUAGUUUAGUGUUAGUGUGGCCUUGGUAAGUUACACAUCUGAAAACCUGAUCUUAGAAAGAUCUAAGAAUAUAAAUGAUAAUUCAGUCUAAAGCCAAUGACAAAUCUAGCCUGAGUGUAUGGGAAGUUCUAGAAUUUUAUUCCGUGACUUCAUACUAAAUCACAACAAUGUUUUAGCAUUAGCGAAAGGUGAACAUUCCUAGUCCUAAGAGUUGUGAACCCUUUAUCUUAGUUUUAUAGGGAAUAUUUAAGAACUUUCAUUUGUCCUAAUUUUUUUUUUUUUUUGAAGUUGGCCUCAUGUGUUACCUACUUUUCUCAUUGCUAUAAUGAAGUAGUUGACAAAAGCAACUCAAGACAGGAAAGGGUUGUCUGGCUCACAGUUUGAGCGCUCAGUCCAUUGUGACAGCAAGGUCACGGUGACCGGAAAUUGAACAACUGUCUGCAUCUUCAGAUAGGAUUUAGGGAGUAAGUAGACAGUACUGGGGCCACCCUUGUAGACGUUUUCAGGGCGUGUUCCCAUGGUGGCUCUAUAUUUAUUCAGGUAGACAGCCAAGGUUUAACCACCACAGUUGCUAACAAAGUGAUGGAAAAUUCUCUCUCUGGCGUUCUAAUUGAAAGUUUGUCUCUAGGCUCUUUGAGUCCUUGGAUUGCCUGCUGUGCUGCUGUCAGAGUAGGGGUUGUUUUCCAGUGCCAGUGAGUUCUGUAGCCACUGAAGCCUAUAGUCUAGUGAUGUCUAGUGGCUGUGUCUCACUUUGUACCCUUAGCACUGGGAUGUGUCCUUCACUCUCGCUGGCUUGUUCUGAGAUUCUAUUGGGCAAGUGCUUUACCACUGUUUCAGGCCUUAAGCCUCAGACAGAGACUGGUGAUAAGUAAUAAUAAUAGUAAUAGUACCAUGUAACUAUUGAACUUGCCUCCUAUUAUUAUUAAGGAGAAAAUACUUAACAUAUAUUUCCAUGUUAAAUUUCUAGCUUCAGAAUUGGCAAAGUUUAAAAAGUUAGUGUGUGUUAGCUUUCUUUACUAUACUUUUCGCUGAGGUUCCAGCACUGUCUCUCAGUUUACUCUUGAGAUUAGUAGUUAGAGUUCUUUUUGUUUAUUUUUAA